AUGUCGCACCUUGGUAUUCUAAGCCCCGUGGAGAAGGUGAUGCGCUAUCUGCGGAUCAAUCCUGUGCCGGAGGGAGGAGAUGAGUUGGUCCGUUGGAUAGUGGGGUACAAGCAGCUUCAGGAUCUGUACCUCGCCCAUCGAGGGAACCACCCCACGGAGCCGCAUGCUGAGGAGCUGGCGACCGCAGUGAAGGACGCUAUGAGAAGUGUGAUCUAUACCGCGACCGACCCACCGAGAGGAGCGCUGUCUGAAAUGAAGCGUCGCGCGCCACGGCCCGAGGCUGCAACACACCAGCAGAAGGUCGCACCGAUCGUGGCCCUCGACGGAGCAGUCGUGAAGUUCGGACCACCGGGACCACCGGGGAGGAAGGUGAAAAUAGUCAAACAGGUAGCCCCUUCUGCCAACGCAGAUUCAGAGCCAAUGAGGAGGGAAGCGAGUGGAAAGCGAAAGGCUACGGACAUGGAGGAGGGCGAGAUUGGGGAAGGCUCCGCGCAGCAUCCGAGCAGAGGCGGGGGCGUCGGAGUGUGCACGGUGCCUCGAAACCAACUGGCAUGUUCGUGGAACACGGGAGAGCGGCGAUAUGUUACAUCUGACGGCUCACACAAUCCAGGCCACGCGAAGCGACAGCGUGUCGAAGUGCUGGGGCCGUCUAAACCGACGGUUGAUGAGGAGAACGGGGUGCAAGCGGCUCCCAAUGCAGGCGUCACGCAUGGGGGACCCGCGGAGGUCGAGCACACGGCGACGUCGACGGAUGGACCCUCCGUGACCUUGGCUCCGGGAGUCGAAACGGGCGAGGAGGAGACAGCUGGCCGUCCUGAAGAGGAGAAGGGUGACACGGCGGUGGAAGCCCCACAAGAUACUGGAGAAGACGCGGAAGGCCGCGAGAGCCCACAGCCGUCUGACCGCACCAAACGCCCUCGUCGCAGCCGUUCCGAGACAGCGGCCGUGGGCGGCGGUCGACAUACUGUCCAAAACGACGACGUCUUGCAAGAUAUCCCGGGGGACGAAGAAGGACGAGGGCGAGUCAGCAUCCCCAAGCCGGAGGUCCUGGAGUAUCAGGCCGAGGGUUUGCGCGCGUACAUCGCAACGUUGGACGAGGCGGAGGAGUUGGCAAGUGAUCGCAGUCAGCCCGGAUCGCCGAGCACAAGACUGGCGGUGGAAGGUCAAUCGUCGAGGAAGGGCGGGAAAGAAACCAGCGACGAGGACUGGACAGAGAACGAUGAAGCCCAGCCCUGGGAAGGGUCAGACGACUCACCUUCGUCGUCGGAUCCAUGUGAGCCGCUUUCAGACGAAGGUUCUGGGGCGGAGGUCGACUCCGGAGAGGGAGGAGAAGACUCGGACGGGGUCCAGGAACAUCUUCGAAUGAGCGAGACCACGGGAAACGACCGGCGCGUUCAAGAUGUGGACCCCAGCGCAACAUCUGCGGUCGAUGUCUCCGCUCUCGCGCGAGUCAUGAAGGCGCGGCUUGUCGUGUGUGAUCAAUGCCUCGCGCCCGGGUCAUCUGCUCGAAGGUGUACUUUCGAACCGAGGAGUAGCGUCGCGUGUGGGAACUGCGUCAAGGCUCAGUGCGACUGCACUUUCCAGGGUCUUUCGUUGGUGCCGGGUGUUCGCUCCAUUGCGACGCCGCCCGACAAUGAACCCUCGAGUGUCGUGACAGUGCCUCGGCCUGCGACAUUUGGAUUAGCUGUGACACAGGGGCGGCACUCCGACGUCCAUCUUCCGCCCCUCAAGCGCAAGCGGCCUCAAUCGGCCACCGCCCCCCGCAUCCCAAGAGAGUACGACAGACGCAUGCGUCUUCGGAUGCGCAGGGCAUAUCCUCGAUCGGCCACGGGGUUGGCUGGUGACGAGACCCGCGAGGAUGCCCUCAGGCGGUACGUCGCGAAGCAUACGAUGAAGCUGGAGAUGCUUGAGGGGCAACUCGCACGUGCCAAUGUUGCGCUUUCCGCGGCGAAGGAGAAGGAGGCAACGCUGAAGAGGAACCUCCGUGACUGUGAGCGCCGUAUAGCCGAACUGGGAUACGAUAACGACGAGUACUAUCCGUUACCGACAUCCAAGCCGACCAGUGAAGUCGACACAGAUUGUGGCCCAGCUCACCCCCUAACCGCUCUUCCAACAAUAAUGCCGCCUCACACCAAAGUUGCCACUGGAGGUACCGCAAGCCCGCCGCCACGCCCGCACAUAGCGCACGUCCGAAAGGUGUUGGAUGCGAUUGACAAGAAGGUCUUCGCCGUCGGGACGGUGACAUGGCAAAUCAACGGUCUGAGGCUUCUGCGUGACGCGUUGAUAAAUUACGGAGUGAAAGAGGAUCUGUACAAGGACAGGACAGCAUGGAAGGCCAAGGGCGACAAGGAGAACAUCGGGGAAGCGGUGAAGGCGUUUGCGACCGCGAUGGCUAACCAGAAGCAACCGAAGGAAGUCGACCACUGGAUUGAAAAGCACUGGUCAAGUUUGAAGUCGCCCGCCAAUGCAAUUCCCGUGCUUCCAACACGGUUCGAAUUCGACGAGAAGGAUAUAGGUAACGACAAAGGGGUACUCGGAAAGGCGAAGACUGUGCGAGUCAGCGAGGACUCGCAAGCCGGUGGGGGAAAGCCUGAGAAGCCCGGGUGGGUCUGCGCCGAAGCGGUCCACGGCAAAUGCGACGGGGAAGAGAGAGGUCAUCGCGGAACAGGCGCGAAGCCGCCUUCAAGCCGGACAAAAGGCCACCUCAAAUGCGAGGAAUGCAAGAGGCGGCGCAAAGGUUGUUUCUUCGACAAUGGGUCACUCAGUGGAUAUAUGAGCAAGCAUCUUAGCGGAUCCACCGCGAGUGAACCGAAGGCUGAUCCGAAGCAACAGAAGAAGGCCGUUACGAGUGACGCCCCCAGUGCCGGUGCCUCGAAAAGCACAGGAUACCCGAAGGCACGGGCGCUGUCGCGCGGAAAGGAACGGGCGACCUCUGAGCGCGACUCGUCCGAGGAACCGCUGAAGACGGGCACGGAGGUGGCGCGGCAUACACCCGUGCAUCGCGCCGAAGUCCGCGUCCCAGGAACGGAUGUCGACCUGAGCCUGUACCGACCUGUUGAGGAGCUGCCUAUGGAUCCAUCGCCAGCGGCUCUGUUGCGACACUACCAGAAGGACCUCAAGCGGGCGGAGGCAGAUGUUGCCGCACAGGUUCACAGGACGGAGCAGCUCCGGGCGAGUGUCGCUGAGGAACGAGAAAUCUUGGACAAAGCGUGGGCGGAACUGUCAGAGCUUGAGGCAGCACGCAAGGCGGGGAAUGCCUAG